UCUUUUGGGGUUAUUUCGUAAAUUAAAGAUUGUUGUCCUCUUUAAUCUCUCUUUCCCUUUCUCUCUCCAUUCUCAAAUCCUCCACCCAAGGGCCAAGGCUCUCUCUCUUCCUCCCUUUGCUCCUUGGGUUUGGUUUUUUCGCCUCUUUCUUUUUCUCGAGCUAAGCGUAAGGAAAAUCAAAGAGGCAGCGGAACGAAAAUACAGCUUUUUUUUUUUCAUCGUUUUCUCUGGGCUGGUUCUUUGUUUUCUGGCCCAUAUUUUUCAGGUAGAUCGGUGUUCUAUUUUCAUCUGCUGGGUGUACCAACAGUGUACUUGAUUUUUUCUGUUGGAAUUUCUUUGAGAUCGUUACCUAUAUCUUUAUAAUAAAGUUGUUAGUAGCCCUAAUGCAAGGGCAGAGGGGUAGAGUUGGUUCCUUGCCUGAAACCUUGGAAAUUGACCAUGGAUCUACAUCAAAUAAUGUUCCUAUAAGUCAGCAGCUUUGCUGGAAUAACAUGCGAAAUACUGCAGGAAACCAAUUGCCAGACUAUAUGCUGCCACCUGGUGAUAUGAACACAUAUUUGAAUUCUGUGAACCACGAACGACAGAUGUCAAGUGGUUGGAGCUUGGGUGAGCCUAGUUCUAGCAACAGCCAGAGUGAGGUCAGGUGUGAUGAGCAGAAAGCAGAACUUGGAUGGUCAUCUUCUGAAAGUGCUUGCCCCAGGGCUGGUCCAAGGUUGGAAGAACGGAGCUAUGAACCACCUAAUACAUUUUCAGUUGCCAAUGUCAAUACGAACCCUCUGUUUCUGCAAAGUUCCAAUUCUGAUGUGCUUACCCAGAAUCUCAACAUAAACACAGGUUUUGUGGGUAAUGGUGGUGAUAAUAGUCAAGUCAUGUUAUGUCCUAAUAUGCACAAGUCUAGUGGAUCAGAAAAUCAGUGGAUCCCACCUGCUGGUGGCUCCAUUCAUCAUGCACUGCCUUCCAGAAGUGGUGGAUUUUUGGUGGAAGACAAUGAUGGCAGAUCAGGUUGUUCAAUGGAAGGUCGCCGUGUGUCCUGUAAAAGAAAAGCUAUUGAAGCAAAUGUUGGACAGUCUUCUGUAUCUGGAAGUUCUAGCUACUUUCAGCGUACUGAUAGUGCAUGGUCUGCUGUUCCUGCUCCAUUUAAUCUGACCAGCAGUUUAGGGAUUUCUGCUCCACCAGAACAGGUGAACCCAAGACUCAUGCUAGGUGCAACAGAAGUCGCUUUUGAUAACAUUCCCGAUUUAAGUGGGGCAGGAAGCUCCCAUAGAAAUACCCGUUUGAGGAUAAAUCCGCCAAUUCAACAAGAUUCUAUUUCCCCUACUUUAUUCCCAACAGAGAGUGCUGUUAGGCAUUCUAGUGUUUCUUCUUCCCAGCUUUCACAGAGACAUCUUCCAGUUGAUUAUUCUUUGGACUUGAGGUCAGCAUCUACUGCAGAUAAUAUGAUUCCUCAAAGUCAACCAGUUUUGAUUCAUGUUCCUACAUUGCCACGAAAUGUGCAAGCUCAUAGGUGGAAUGGAGGAUCGAGCUCAGGAACUGGCAGUUCGACAACGUCUAUUGUUUCUGGAGACAGAGAUGCUGUACCACGCAUAGAAACAGGUUCAAGAAGCGUUGCAAGAAAUCUUUUGGAGCAUCCUAUGUUUGUGUCUGCUACUGAUGUGAGAAAUUUGGUUCAAAAUCCAGCAAAUAGAAGUUCAACUGGUGUAAAUUUAAGUAUUCCUGGAAAUGUUGCUUCUACUUCUCGGACCAACCCCAGUUCAGGUGUCCAUCCAUCAUCAGCUCCUACUUUAGUUCCUCGACAGAAUCCUCCGCAAUAUCCUCGAAGAUUAUCUGAAUAUGUUCGCAGGUCAUUGUUUUCUUCUGCUGGCUCUGAGUCUGGAGGCCAGAGCGGUAAUUAUUCUCCACUGCGUUCAGGCCCUGUUUCCUCGCAAGAAAUGGGGUUUUCAUCUGGACCUGGUAACCAGGGUCAUCUUCAGUCACACCCGAGGUCAGCAUUGUGGAUGGAGAGACAAAGUAAUGGUGGACUUGGAAUCCCUUAUUUGAUGCGAACAUCUGCUGCGGCCGGCGAUGGAAGUAGCAGGCUUGUAUCUGAGCAGAUUCGAAAUGUCUUGGGUCUCAUGCGCAGGGGUGAGAGCUUACGAUUUGAGGAUGUCAUGAUCCUUGACCAGUCGGUCUUUUUUGGGGUGGCUGAUGCUCAUGAUCGACACAGGGAUAUGCGACUAGAUGUUGAUAACAUGUCUUAUGAGGAGUUGUUGGCUCUGGAAGAGCGCAUUGGAAAUGUGAGCACGGGAUUGAGUGAGGAGACAAUUUUAAAUCGUCUGAGACGGCGGGAGUGUUCGAUUGCAGUAGGUUCUCCACUCGAGGCAGAGCCAUGUUGUAUCUGUCAGGAGGAAUACAAUAAUGGAGAUGAUCUUGGGACACUGGAAUGUGGCCAUGAUUUUCACGCUGGCUGUAUAAAACAAUGGCUGAUGCACAAGAAUUUGUGCCCCAUUUGUAAAACAACAGCCCUGACGAAAUGAGAGGCUGCCGAUAAUUUUCUGGCUGUUUAUUCUUCUAUUGGAAAGAGGGAUGAAAUUGCGUUGCCUAUUAUGCCUGCGUCACCUUUCCUACCUGUUCUUCCAUGUGAAGCUGGUUCACUCACCCAAGAUCCAGAGGAAUACUUUUAAUUCAUAAUUCUAUUGAAGCCAGCUAUUUCCUUGUGGAGGCGGCAGAAAAUUUGCAAUUGGAGAAAACAUGAUUAGUUUCAAACUUUCCAUUUAGCAACAAAUGAGUAGUUUUCAACGUUUAUUAAAAAUUCAGCCUAUUGGCAUUACACA